UGAUAGAGUUUUUAUUAUUACAACCGGCUUAUUAGGAUUCCUCUCCCCCUCUCUACUUUUGAGCAAGUUCGAUUACUCUGCUUUUUGGAGAAAGCUACCAGGCGUAUUCAAGGGAAUUGUAAUUCUCCGAAAUCACUGAAUACUCUUUCCAAGUUCCGUGACACGCGAGACUACCCGCGUUCUAAAGACUGUGUUUUGUGUUUGUUUAUAUAAUAAUAUAAAGAUUAUUAAAUUUUAGUCAGCUGUCACGUGAAUAAGCUGUGAUAUACAAUCAGUGUCGAAUGAUCUAGUAGUAUUGUGUGGUUUAUUUGGAGUAGUAGGCUAAAGUCUUCCGUGUGGUAUCUUUCAUAUCAAUAUUGCAUACGCUGAUAUUGCAUGAGCCUUUUCGUUGUGGACAACGAAUACGUUGGACUAGGUUAACGUUUGGUGGAUAAGAUGUUUCUCCAAAAUAUUAAAGUCAACGGAAUCGGAACUUUGGUAUAUACUUUUUUAGUGGUAUUUGCCUUUCUAGCAAUCCAGUGUCAGGGCCGUAGUGUGAACAAACCGUUUGAUAUAAAUCGAGUCAGAAAAGAGGUACGGACUUACAAAGAUGUUGCCAAUCAAAUCAUAAAUCUAUCUCUUAAGGGCGCUGCCCAGAACCAGAGCUACAAUCGUCUUGCAGACUUUACAGAUAAGUUUGGUAGUAGAAUCGCCGGUUCCCAGAAUCUAGAAAAUGCCAUCGAUUACAUGCUAAUAGAACUAAUGAAAGAUGGAUUAGAAAAUGUUCAUGGCGAAAAGGCUAUGGUGCCACAUUGGGUGAGAGGAAAUGAAUCUGCUGUGAUGCUACAACCGAGAUUCCAUCCCCUGCCAAUCCUUGGUUUAGGUGGAAGUAUUGCUACUCCACCAGAAGGUAUAGAAGCAGAGGUUCUUGUUGUACGUACCUUCGACGAACUGAAGAAAAAAGCAGACCAAGCUAAAGGAAAGAUCGUGGUUUUUAAUCAGAUAUGGGUUAGUUAUGGGGUAUCUGUUCAGUACAGGGCCCUUGGAGCUGCAGAAGCAUCAAAGGUAGGAGCGUUAGCUUCGUUGAUACGAAGUGUUACUCCUUUGUCAAUUGACAGUCCCCAUACUGGCUGGCAGGAUUAUCAAACUAAUGUUACCAAGAUCCCAACAGCGAGCAUUACCGUGGAAGAUGCCGAAAUGAUGUGGAGGAUGUCCCAAAGAGGAGAAAAAAUUGUGGUUCGUUUGAAAAUGGAAGCACAGAGUUUACCGCCAGUAGAAUCAAGGAACACAGUGGCCGAAAUUCGAGGCAGUACGUACCCAGAUGAAGUGGUACUCGUUAGUGGUCAUUUGGAUAGCUGGGAUGUUGGUCAAGGCGCCAUGGAUGAUGGUGGUGGGGCUUUUAUUUCCUGGCAGGCUCUGUCUUUGAUUCGACAAUUGAACUUGAGACCCAAGCGCACUUUACGAGCUGUUCUUUGGACAGCGGAGGAAGAGGGGCUUGUUGGAUCACAGGAGUAUUACAAUGCCCACAAAUCGGAAGCGAGUAAAUUUGAUUUGGUUUUGGAGUCCGAUGAAGGAACCUUUACGCCGAACGGUCUUAUAUUUGGUGGAAGUAAAUCUGCGGGGGAAGUAAUGGCUGAAGUACUGAAAUUACUCCAACCAAUAAAUGCAUCUAAAUUAAUUUUGGGAGGGGCGGGUGGUGAUAUUUCCUAUUUUAUGCAAGUUGGUGUCCCAGGUGGAAAUCUCCUAAACGAAAACCAAGACUAUUUUUAUUACCAUCAUACUAACGGCGAUACGAUGACGGUUGAGGAUCCCCACCAAUUGAACUUGUGUUCAGCUGUUUGGGCUGUGAUAGCGUAUACCGUUGCCGAUCUUGAUGAUAUGCUACCUCGAGAUACAACGCUCAAAUCCAAACCAACUUUUAUAGGUUGAUAAAUCAUUAGUUAUUUACUUGUUAUUAUUAUUAAAAGACUUUAUUUGUUAAA